CCGGUCUCUGUGCAGUAUCAUCAGGGCGGACCGGAGUGGCGGCGAGAUGGAGCGGGCUCUGGUGACUUUUGAGGACGUUGCCAUUUAUUUCACCGAGGAGGAAUGGAAAAGCCUGAGCGAUGAGCAGAAGAGUCUGUACAAGGAAGUGAUGAGCGCUAACUACCAGAUGAUUCUCUCGCUCAACCGCCCGGACAUCAUAUCCAAUAUUGAAUUAGGAUGCGAGCCGUUUGUCAUUAGCGACCCAAAGUGCAGCAGCCAAGCAGGUUCCUGGCAGUACAAUAAAUUGUUGGCGUCUGAGACCACUGCGCUCCGGGAACGAUGCUAUGACGCAGGAGGAGAUAAGGGCGGUGGAUCUGAGCCACAGGUGACGAGGAGGCGGCGGUACCCCCGAGUGAACCCAGUCAGAUGGGUAAAAAAAGAGAAGAAAACAAAGAAACGCGCGAAGCGCUCUUUUCAUUGGCGAUCUGAUAACGCGGAGAACAGGCUCACUGCAGACAGUAACUACAGGUCCUCUCCAGGAGAGGAUGACUCUGAUCCCUGCCCUGGUAACAAUACUGACUUACAUGUGGCAGAUCACAGCCAUCGAAGUACAACUACAGUGAAUGUGGACAAUGAAAGGGGUCCCGGAAACUCGACUUUGGGCUUGCGAGAUAAAAGUGUGGCUGCUGCAGGCAUGUGCAAGAAACAAAAAGUUUCCCAGGAAAGUAAGCUGCGCAAGCGGGAAGCUGAAAAAGUCACAGUAUCUUCAAAGGCUCCACAACUUCUCGGCAAACAGAAGACGGGCAGGAGUGGUAAGGGAGGUGAACAGCUUGAUGGACACACAAGAAGUGCUGCCACCACCACGAAAAAUGGUCCUUUGUCCGAGAACGUGGCAACAGGUCUGAAGAAAGUAAGUUCCAUUCAAAGGAACAAGAGCCCCAGCAGGCAGAGCAUCCAGGGCUUAGUAAAUGGAAAGAAGGACUCUCCUCAGAGGGAAGACAGACGUGUAAAGUUUAAUGAGGUAGUUACUAUGUUUCUCAUCGAGCCACGGCCCAAUGAAAUUCCUGCUGUGGGGAUCGAGGAGAGAGUGAAGCUACGGAACAGAAGCUACCUUAGUAAUUUAAGUGAGCCGAGCAAGAGUAAGAAGCCGUUGACAUUAAAUCGUGACAUUGGAAUAGCAGCUGAAGAUAGUUGGACGAUGCAGGAGGAGGAUUCCAGAACUUCACAGGAUGUGCGGAGAGCAGGGAAAAGAACUUCCACGCUGCAAGACUGUAGUCUGGAACAACUUGAAGGGAAAAGGGUAAAGCUUAUCUUGGUGAAAUGCACCCAAGAGAUGGCAACAGUAGAGGAGAGUGCUGAGGACACCUCUUGUGGGAUGAUUACCAGGAGCACUACGGGUCCUGCAGAGUCCCCAUCUAAGGGGACCAAUAAACAGACACAGCCAUCUGGCGGCACAGACAUGAAUGCCAUACAGACACCUGUUGGUAAGAGCCCUAAACAGGAGAAGCGCCAACCAGACACGGCGAGUGAAGCAGAGAACAAGGUGGACACGGCCCCCAACGUGCCACAGCCAAGUGCGGCUCCAAGUGAGCAGGCGUUUAUUAAAUCUUAUGCUUGUGCUAAUUGUGGCAAAGUAAUUCACUGGUCGAGGCUCAGUGACUCACAGAAAAAGAACAUCGAGCAAUCUCUUCCUCACACGUGCAGAAGAUGCGGCCGGCGCCAGACGGCAGACGCUAAUAAUGUGACUGCGUCAGCCACGGAGAUCAGCACUCCAACUCGCUCCCACGCAAAUCGUGCCACAUCUGGUAAAACGGCACUGCCGGCGACUCCCGAUGGGAAGAAACCAAAUUGUUCACCGGCUACGGAAAAACCAGACGUUAGCCCAGCAGCUGACAAUAACUACGACGUAAACAAAGAGAAGAACGAGGUAAAAACAGCAAGGUCGGGAAGUUCAGCCAAUCGUCGCGUUCACGUCAAAGAUAAAAGCACCAAUCAUAGGAAGAAAUCCUUAUUAUGUCGCAAAUGUAAGCAUGGUGCUCCAGAGAAUCCUACAAUCCAUCACAAGAAUGGAACUGGAGCCUCUGCAAAGAGUACAUUGGCCAAUAACGACUCAAGUCCAGGUCUUAAUAUAGCUGCGGAAAAGAAAUCUGCAGCACUGGUUGAAAGCAGAAUGCAGAGCAGGACGGGCUCUGCGCAAGAUCAGAAUGCUACAACUGGCUUGGAUUCCCAAAGACGCCGCGUCGGUAUAAAGCAUAAAAAAACAGGCUUAAAUAUGUCUGCCGGAAAUCAGAACCACGAGACAGAGGCUGAUAUGCCUGAUGUAGGCAAAACGCGUGGGAUAUGCACAAACUGUGGAAAGCAUUUUCACACUGUUCAAAAGAAACACCCACUCACCAGUGUUCAACUGAAUAAGCCUGUAAAGAAUAGGUCCCUUUCCACUGCGAAAACAAGAAAAUCUGAGGAUUCUGAUCCUGAGUCUCCUAAAAAAUCCCCCCAUAAACGUAAAACUAAGCGCUCCAGACCUAAGGAAGAUCCUAGAGCCCCCAGUCAUGUCAAGAAAACAAAGAGAAAAGCCAAACUUUGCCCCAAAUGCGGUAAGAGACUGAAUUUGCACGUGACGCCCAGCCAGGACAACCCUGGCGAUGAGAGUGGAGGCAGCAGCGCCAACUGCGUUCUGAAGAAGCGCAAGCGGCCUUUAGAGGGAAUGGAGCCAUUUACGUGCAAGGAGUGUGGCAAGAUCUUCACUCGCCAUUUCACGCUCCUGCAGCACCGCAUGAUACACACCGGCGAGCGCCCCUAUGCCUGCAAGGAAUGCGGGAAAACAUUCCGGGAUGGUGGAUACCUUAAGGUGCACAUGAGACUGCACACUAAAGAGAAACCCUACACCUGCCAGGAGUGUGGCAAGCGUUUUUGUCAGAAUUCAGCCUACAUGGUGCACCUGAGAACGCACACCGACGAGCGGCCGUUUGAGUGUAAAGAGUGCGGGAAGAGCUUCAGCGAUCGCUCCACUUUCCGGCACCACGAGAGAAUACACACGGGGGAGAGACCCUUCCCCUGCUCCUUCUGCGGGAAGAAAUUCGCACAACAGUCCCACGUGAAGCGGCACGAGAUGAUACACACAGGGGAGAGGCCGUAUGGGUGCUCGCAUUGCUCAAAAAGAUUUAUUGACCGUCCGAAGCUGAGGAAACACGAACUCAUUCACAAGAGAGAUAAGACUGAGUAGGAGAGGUAGAGGCACUGUGCAGAUUUCAGGUGUUUGAGGCAUCGCGGGAAUUAGGAAACUGGUCUGUUAUUGUAGAUUCAGCGAUGCAGAGCCUUCGUCAGUGUUACAUGAUAGAACACAGGUGACAGGACCCUGCCCACCUCUGACAGGACCCUGCCCCGCUUCCACCUCCCACCUCUGACAGGACCUUACCCCGCUCCCACCUCUGACAGGACCCUGCCCCGCUUCCACCACUGACAGGACCCUGCCCCGCUUCCACCUCUGACAGGACCCUGCCCCGCUCCCACCUCUGACAGGACCCUGCCCCGCUUCCACCUCCCACCUCUGACAGGACCCUGCCCCGCUUCCACCUCCCACCUCUGACAGGACCCUGCCCCGCUCCCACCUCUGACAGGACCCUGCCCUGCUCCCACCUCUGACAGGACCCUGCCCCACUCCCACCUCUGACAGGACCCUGCCCCGCUUCCACCUCCCACCUCUGACAGGACCCUGCCCCGCUUCCACCUCCCACCUCUGACAGGACCUUGCCCCACUCCCACCUCUGACAGGACCCUGCCCCGCUUCCACCUCUGACAGGACCCUGCCCCGCUUCCACCUCUGACAGGACCCUGCCCCGCUUCCACCUCUGACAGGACCUUGUCCCACUCCCACCUCUGACAGGACCCUGCCCCACUCCCACCUCUGACAGGACCCAGCCCCGCUUCCACCUCUGACAGGACCCUGCCCUGCUCCCACCUCUGACAGGACCCUGCCCCACUCCCACCUCUGACAGGACCCUGCCCCGCUUCCACCUCCCACCUCUGACAGGACCUUGCCCCACUCCCACCUCUGACAGGACCCUGCCCCACUUCCACCUCUGACAGGACCCUGCCCCACUCCCACCUCUGACAAGACCCUGCCCCGCUUCCACCUCCCACCUCUGACAGGACCCUGCCCCACUCCCACCUCUGACAAGACCCUGCCCCGCUUCCACCUCCCACCUCUGACAGGACCCUGCCCCACUCCCACCUCUGACAAGACCCUGCCCCGCUUCCACAUCCCACCUCUGACAGGACCCUGCCCCACUCCCACCUCUGACAGGACCCUGCCCCACUUCCACCUCUGACAGGACCCUGCCCUGCUCCCACCUCCCACCUCUGACAGGACCCUGCCCCACUCCCACCUCUGACAGGACCCUGCCCCCCUUCCACCUCCCACCUCUGACAGGACCCUGCCCCACUCCCACCUCUGACAGGACCCUGCCCCGCUUCCACCUCUGACAGGACCCUGCCCCGCUUCCACCUCUCACCUCUGACAGGACCUUGCCCCACUCCCACCUCUGACAGGACCCUGCCCCACUUCCACCUCUGACAGGACCCUGCCCUGCUCCCACCUCCCACCUCUGACAGGACCCUGCCCCACUCCCACCUCUGACAGGACCCUGCCCCGCUUCCACCUCCCACCUCUGACAGGACCCUGCCCCGCUUCCACCUCUGACAGGACCCUGCCCCGCUCCCACCUCUGACAGGACCCUGCCCCGCUCCCACCUCUGACAGGACCCUGCCCCGCUCCCACCUCUGACAGGACCCUGCCCACCUUCCACCUCUGACAGGACCCUGCCCCGCUUCCACCUCCCACCUCUGACAGGACCCUGCCCCGCUUCCACCUCUGACAGGACCCUGCCCCGCUCCCACCUCUGACAGGACCCUGCCCCACUCCCACCUCUGACAGGACCCUGCCCCGCUCCCACCUCUGACAGGACCCUGCCCACCUUCCACCUCUGACAGGACCCUGCCCCGCUUCCACCUCCCACCUCUGACAGGACCCUGCCCCGCUUCCACCUCUGACAGGACCCUGCCCCGCUCCCACCUCUGACAGGACCCUGCCCCGCUCCCACCUCUGACAGGACCCUGCCCCGCUCCCACCUCUGACAGGACCCUGCCCACCUUCCACCUCUGACAGGACCCUGCCCCGCUCCCACCUCUGACAGGACCCUGCCCACCUUCCACCUCUCUCCAGCCCCGGGGUAGGCUGCUUUCAGUAUAUUGUAAUCCUGGGAAGAUUUUACAACCUUCAGGCUGAGAAAUGAUUUUAGGGUUUAAACAUAGGAUAAGUGGAUGGAAAAAAUGUGUAGAUGAUUUUUAAAGGCUUAUAGGAAUAACUUAUUGCCCCAUGGAGGGCAGGUAUUAUAAAUUCUGUAAUAUAAUUAGGUGCACAAUACGGUUUCCUCACCUUUCUUGGGGUGAGAGUUCUUUCUGUCCGCAGUGCAUUAUCUGGCGCUGUAAUAAUUCCUAAAUAUUAAGCACUUCAAUGCUUCCAGGCUGCGAGAGACCCCUAUCCCCAAACCGGCCCCCUUGUGUCUAUAUAACAUUCUCAUUGAGCCGAGAUCUCUCUUCUGUGGCUUCUUCUGAUGUAUCAAGUCUUGUAAAGCAAUGGUGGGCAAUACACUCCCCUGGGCUGCUUGCAUGGUAUAAAACCUCCCCUCUGUGGCCAUCCCCACUGGUGCCCACAGCGUAUCAGCCUAGUGCACCGUGUCUCUUCCCCCGGCCGGCUCCGCAUGAGCUGCUGCUGCAGCCGGGGACGGCACCGUCAGAUUGCUGCAGGUGUCGGAACAGUCAGUGCUACUGACCGGUCAUACAUUGCUCUGCACAUCAGCGUUAUGUCGCCCCUGUCAUAUAACACACAUCCCUGCAGACUUACAUGGGGGGACUGAUACCACUUCUACCCCAUAUUGGCACAUAUAGAAACAAGAGUGCAGGUGCACCAUACACGAUGCAUCUGCACCCUUGUUCUUAUAAUGUAAAAUGAAGUCCCAGCAAGGUAGCGCAUCCCAUUAUAAGAUGCUAUGGUGUGCAGCUCAGGCCCUCUCUCCACAAUGUACAUCUACCCCAUAGUCGUCUCUUUCAUUGAUCAAAUUCAUUUAAUUUACUACUGAGAUUAAGCGCGACGUGCUGCCCUUUCAGUGUUAGAGGGUCUCCCGGUGCGGCCCCCAAAGUAAAUCAGGCUGCUUAGUGUUCUGAGUGGAGACGUCUCCCACUGCAGCCAACCAGCUUCUAGCUAACAUUUAUCAAAUACACUAAAAAAUGGUAGGUAGAAUUUGAUUGGUUGCUACGAGCAACACUUUCACUCCUCCAUCUCUUCCCCCUAUAUCUGAGUUGUGUGCCGCUGCUCCUCUCUUAUGGGAGCUAAAUAGCUGCCGGGCGUGGAAAUGACGCCUCGCCCACCUUUCCAUACCUUGUCCUCCUCAUACUGUAUCCUGUUCCCUCCUGCUGUCCCAGUUAUAUAAUGCAUUAUUAGUAUGUAUAAUUUAUCCAUGUUAUCAGCCGUGUAUGUGUACAAGCGUGUGUAUGUAUAUGUGUAUAUAUAUAUAUAUAUACACACACACACACACACUUAUUUGACAUGACAGUGACAGAAGGAUGGCAGCCGUCAUUGUGUAUUCCAUAUGUAAUAGACAUUGCAUUUGAGUUUUCAUUGAACAGAUUGUUUUAAAUGAUUAAACAAAUGAAGAUGA